AUGGCCCCUUCGGACAGCAUGGACUUUGUCAAGGAAAAGGUGGCACCAGAGGCUGGAAUCGAACCAGAGAGGCAGGUCUUGUCAUUCGAUGGCAACAACUUGUCCGGCAACGAGACAGCUGAUGACGUUGGUCUUAAGGAUGGCUCUGUUAUUGAUUUGGCACCAAACACAAUUACGGUCCAUGUCAAGAAUCCGGACGGCACAAAAGUUUCUGUAACCAUGGAUCCCUCCAAGAAUGUCCAGUCCAUCAAAGAAAGUAUUGCCCCUGCUGUGGCCAUGGAUCCAUCGGAACAGAUUCUCAGCUUUAAUGGCAACCCGUUGUUGGACGAUGCAAGUGCGGACACAGCAGGAUUGGUGGAUGGUUCGGUAAUUGACCUCGAGACUAAAGAACCAGACGACACAAUCAACGUGCUAGUAAAGACACCGGAUGGGAAGACGAUUCCUGUCAAGAUGAAAGUUUCCGACACCAUUGAAUCUAUCAAGAAACAAGUUUCAGGUGAAUCCGGAAUUGAUGUACCACAACAGGUCCUCAAGUUUGAAGGAAAGAAGCUGAAAGACGGCGAAACAGGAGAAGACGCCGGCUUGGCAAAUGGAUCUGUCCUUCAUCUCGAUGUCAACAAGGCAGUAUCCAAGAAGGAAGCAAAAAAGAAGAAAAUGGCUAAAUUGAAACAGAAAGCGGAAGGUGCAUGGAUUGAGGAGAAACCCAAAGAGUACAAGUACGAUUUCAACCCCACCCCCUUCGAUCUGACUCGAUUCAGAGCCCACUUUAUGGUCGGCGAUCAGGUCCCAAUGGAAAUGAUCUGCCCGCACGAUUGGAACGUGAAGAAUUUCAAAGUGGAAAUCCUCAAGCUGAAGAAUGACACCAGGUUUGUAAAAAAGUACUUUGCUGAGAUGGACAACCCUGACGGACUGGAUAUCUACGCUCCCGGUAGCGACGGUGAGGGCGACCCACUGCCCGACGAUAUUCCCGUUCCAAGGACUUCCUCGCCUUACGCCUUUUUCAGUGUGAUCCGAAAAAGUGGCUAUUGA